UUUAUGAUGACGUCACAAAUGAAACAAAAAUACCCAACUCUGCAUUGUGAUUCAGUCUCUAAUUGCCAGGUGAUGUGAACAUAAUCAAAAUGAGGAAUAUAUGGAAUUUAUUUGUAUUAUUCUUCAUUGUAAAAACUACAAGCAGUGUAUAUGGCGCGCAAACUAGACAUAAACGGCAGGCGGCGGGCCUAACACCAGGGAACUGGGAUAGUUGCAAACCGGGAGCACCGGCCCCUCCCACCCGAGUAAAUACAACCGACAGAGUCAUUCAGCUGAGGACUUACUUCACAACCCUUGGUAUCCAGGCCUAUCUCGUUCCUAGUGCAGAUGCUCAUCAGAGCGAGUAUCCUUCACAGUACGACAAAAGACGAGGCUUCAUUUCCGGUUUCAAGGGAUCAGCAGGAUUUGCAGUGAUAACAAUUAACAAGCAGGCGUUAUGGACAGACGGAAGAUAUUUCUUGGAAGCUGAAGAUACUUUAGACUGUAACUGGAUUCUCAUGCGUCAUGGAGAACCGGGCGUUCCUACCAUGACUGAAUGGUUGAAGAAAGAAUUAAGUAGAGGAAAUUUCCUUGGUGUGAGCCCUUUUCUAGUGGGCAGCUCUGACUGGAAAAAAUACGAGGAGGAACUUUUAGCGUCUGGUAUACACAUGCGUCCGGUACAAGAAGAACUUAUUGACAGAUUCUGGAACUCUACACUGGGGCGCCCAGAAAUACCUAAUACCCCAAUUAAAGUGUUGCCGCUACAGUUUGCUGGACGCACUUGGCAAGAUAAGGUGAGUGACAUGCGUACUGCAAUGGAGGCGAAAAGAGUUGACAUGUUAGUUGUCACCGCUUUAGAUGAAACAGCGUGGUUGUUUAAUUUGAGAGCGACCGAUAUAGAUUAUAAUCCUUUCUUUAUAUCCUACGCUAUUGUGGAAAAGGUCAGGGUAACGCUGUUUCUAUUGAACCAUUUAACAAAGAUUACUGCAAACCCAACUGACAAAGCGUCGACCGUAACAGUAGCUGAACAUCUGAAUACAAACAAUGAUGGAACUUGUGCUAACAAAACAGGAGCUUGUGUCGAGGUAAAAGCGUAUAACCCUGACGAUGUUAUCAAUACUGUCAAGUCCCGGUCACAGACUAUCAAUAAAAUUUGGCUGGGCUACUCCUGUAACUAUGCAAUAUAUUCUGCAGUUAAUGAGAGCAAAAUUCACCAAGCCAAUACUCCUAUAGCCAUCGCGAAGGUCCGAAAGAACCCAGUAGAAGUUGCAGGAAUGAAGAAUUCUCAUAUACGAGACGCUGCCGCCCUGAUAUCCUUCCUGGAAAAGUUAGAGAAAGAAGUGAAAGCAGGAAAAGUUUGGACGGAACUGUCUGCAGCAAAAGAUCUCGAAAGAUACAGGACAAAGCAGAAGUAUAAUCGAGGGUUGAGUUUUAAAUCUAUAUCUGGUUUUGGGGCAAAUGGAGCAAUAAUUCACUACUCAGUAACCAACGUGACCAACAUUAAUAUCACAACUAACGGCAUGUACUUGCUAGAUUCUGGAGGACAGUAUCUAGAUGGCACCACAGACGUUACUAGAACAUUCCAUUAUGGCAUACCUACAGAUUAUCAGAAGGAGUGCUACACACGUGUUUUAAUGGGACAUAUCGACUUGUUUCAAGCAAAAUGGCCAAAGGGCUUAUAUGGUCGUGAAAUCGAUACAUUUGCUAGACGACCUCUGUGGGAUGUUGGUUUGGUGUACAGGCACGGUACCGGGCAUGGCAUAGGGAUGUACCUCAGUGUUCAUGAAGGGCCUGGAAGAAUAUCGUUAUCACACAGUUCGUAUGAACGUGAUAACAUCUUGGACACAAAUCAGUUCUUUUCUGACGAGCCAGGUUACUAUGAGGAUGGAAAGUUUGGAAUUAGGUUAGAAAACAUCGUGAUGGUCAAAAAUGCUUCAACUACGUACACAUUUCCAGGAACACAGUUCUUAACGUUUGAACAUGUCACCUUAGUGCCAUACGAACCACAUCUUAUUAAAUUCGAAUUGCUCAGUGGAAAACAGAUUUGCUAUUUAAAUGGAUACAGCAAGAUGGUGAGGGAUCACGUCGGACCAGAGUUAAAAAGGCAGAGAAAGUACGAGGCAUACGAAUGGAUGAUGAGGAAAACAGAGCCAGUAUAAAGUCUAAACACAAUGGGACAGACAGAAAUAGUGUGGCAAGACCUGUUCAUUCAGUUUAGUUUUGGUUUCCUUCGGAUAUAUUCGUUUAAGUUGAACAUUGAAUAAAAUCUAUUAU